GGAAACAGUAAAAGAAACUAAAAAGCUAUUAGAAAUUAUUGUUACAACUCCUAUGUCAACUUUUCUUCGUAAUACUAUGACCCAGGAUCGCCUUACAGCGUUGUCGAUGCUGUCCAUUGAAAAGGAAUUUAUUUCGACCAUGGAAAAUUUCAACAGGAAGGUGAUCGACAAAUUUGCUGCCAAGAAGAAGCAGCGCAGGAUCGAACUGACCUAAAAAAUAGGUUAGUUAGGAUUUGCAGAACACCUGUUUUAUUUUGCCACGAGCCGCCACUGAUAUGUAUGAUUUAUUUUUAGAAAAAUAAGCAUUGACUGCACUAAAUAUAACUCGGUAGAACUCCAUACAAAUAGUUUUGUACUCAAUUUCAUUUAACAUAUUUUGAAUAGAUCAUCGAU